GUCAUCCUGUCGUGUAAUGUUUUGUACGCUCAUAUGACACGUAUUUGUAUUUGUAAACAAGUAAAAAUAAUGCGGCUCUAUUAAAAUGACUGAGUGUGAUGUAUGGCAAACAAUUGAAACCGAUGACUUCUACAAGCAAUACCUGAAUGUAAAACAGAAGUCUGAGCUGAAGUCUGAUAUUCAUAUACAAGGCUUGUCAGUUGCAGAACAGAUUAAGAAACUUUCAGAUGGUAUCAGUCUGCUCGACAAGGAGCUGCAGAGGCAAGUGCUGACGAAGCAUGAAGACCUCCUGUCGCAGGCCACCUGGGUGGAGAAGCUGGAGGGGGUACUGGCCGUGAUGCAAGGACACGUGCAGAGUCUGCUGUCGGGCGUGGAGCGCCUCCGCGCCCGGGUCGUGGAGCCCUUCGGCAGGAUAGAGCAGCAGACGCUGGUGCUGUCCCGCCUGCACGCCACGUCGGAGCUGCUGCGGCGCGUGGCCGGGACGCAGCGCCUGGCCCGGCGGCUGCGAGGCCUCUCCGGCCCCUCCGGCCCGCCCGCCGACCUCGUCCUUGCCGCCCGGAGCCUCAGCGAGCUGGCUCAGCUGUCUGAAGAUUUAGACUUAUCUGGGCUUGAGGUGUUGGAGGAGGAUCAGCGGGCAAUCCGGACUCACCGAGGUGAAGUGGAGCGGCUGGGAAAACUAAUGCUCACGCAAGGACUCCAGUCUCAAAACCAAGCCCAGGUUGGUACAGCUAUCCAAGUAUUUUUCCAUCUCGAUACUUUGAAACAAUCGGUCUUGCAAGUUGUGCAGUUGGCUGAGCAAAAUGUCUCUGAGAAGAUAAAUGACAUGCUGGAUGUUCACACUCUGACCCAGACAGUUUCUUCAGAAGCCAGGACCAGAGCUGUUCCUGGACGUGUGCCGAUGACAACCUCGAGUGAAGUGACUGCAUUUCGUUCUCGCUUGUGGGCAGCGUUGGAACAGAUCUACGACACCAUCUACAGUAGUUGUUCUCAGGUGGAGUUGCUGCAGCGGGCGCUGGCCAGCAAGCACGGCGAGACGAGCGGGGGGGCACAACUGCACGGCGCCCCGCUCCCCGGCCUGCAGCCCGAGGAGACCGGGCGGCUGGCGGGGGACUUCUGGCUGGCCGCCACGGGCCUGCUCGCCAAGCGGCUGGAGCACGUCGCCCACAAAUCGUCUUUUGUGAAGCAGGCUCUUGAAGGAGAGUACCCAAAGUUUUUGAGCCAUUACUUGGAACUGUGCAAAAGACUUCAAGCAUCGAGUCAGCUGAAUGGCGAGACAGAGUAUGGGGUAGCAAAAUCUUCCGAGAAUAAAUCUGGUGCGACAGUGUACAGAAUCAAUCGUGACGUGGUUGCGAAGUUUGAGGCCACGUAUUUGUCGCGGUCAGAGUCCCGGCUCUUGGACCCGGUGGACCUCAUGUUCUCCGGCAGGACUGUUCCCACCCACGAAGAGGUGGAUUCUCUCGUCAGGGACAUGUCAAGUCAGUUGAGUGCAUCGUUGGUCGAUGCUUCUUUGAUUCACACUGUGGCACAGAACAUCAGCAAGAUUGUGCGCAUGUUUUGUUCGAAGUGUGAAGUGAUGAUCGUAACAGAUGAAGAAGCCACACAGGUCAUAGAUGUUUCGACACCAGGCCAGAUGAUGAACGUGUCGAUUGCAAACCUGCUGUACUACCUGAAAGGACAGGUGCUGAGAAUGUUUUCAAACAUGAAGUCUAGCAUCCCAGAAGAGACAUUCUCUAUGGUGCUGGAGUCAGUAUCCAGAGUUGAUGCGAUGACCGAGAACAUUCUCGGCCCGCUCCUGGCCUCCAUUGGGGAUUCCAUUGAAGCCAUCAUACUAACCAUGCACAACGAAGAUUACUCUAUGAGUCUUACUCCAGAGACAACUGCAACCCAAAGUUCGAAGAAACCUGAAGCUCCCUGUUCGUUGUACAUGAAAGAAUUGCAAGGUUUUAUUUCUAGGGCAGUCAAUAAUUACCUGGUGAAAUUCGAUAACCGAGAAAUUGUCUCUAAAUGUUGCCUUCCAGUAGCGAGUCGCUGUGUGGAGUUGUUUCUGCAACACGUAUGCCUCAUCAGACCGCUGGGAGACGGAGGGCGGAUGAAACUUGCGUCAGAUUUUGCACAGAUUGAGCUUGCGGUGGCGCCGCUGUGCGGGCAGCUCUCGGCCAUGGGCCAGUCGUACCGGCUGCUGCGGUCGUUCCGUCCCCUGCUGUUCCAGACCGUGGAGGACAUAUCGUUGUGUCCGGCCCUGGGUGAGGUCGUCCCUUACAGCCUGGUUCUGCUCUCUCUGUUCGCAAGGGGGCCUCCAGAACUGCCGUCUCCUCAUCAGAGUGCCAACUGGUCGGUGAGCCACUUCUCCCAGUGGCUGGACGCGCACUGCUCCGAGCGCGAGCGCUUGGAGCUGAUGAGCGGAGCGUUGCAGCGCUACCAGCAAACCGUUCGCCAGAAGGGGGACACCAGCUUCCACCCGGUGUACCCAAUCAUGAUCAGCCUGCUGGAGAGGGGUGUGGAGUACGCGGCGAAACACAGAUGAUGGCACCAGUAACUGCUUGUUAAUUCUCAGCUCAUGUAUUUCGUGUUAUAAAAUACAAUAUUUUAAAAAGUGGUAGCAAUUUA